AUGAGAGUGGCGUAUAAGUUUGUCUUCGCUCCAAAUUCGAAUUUCUCAGCAAAACCCGAGCAAAUGUACGGAUUUAUUCCGCAAUGGGGGAAGAUCGAUGUAGUUCUUUAUCGAAACAAAGGAAGACCUCCAGACGAAACUAUGCGAGUUCAGUUUGCAGCAGCUCCAAAAGGUGACGAUCCAAAGGAGAGUUUCUCCACUGGACAACCUGUUGGCGAGUAUGCGGGUGAAACUGUAGUACGAUUGGUUGCAAUUGAGUGA